UCCUGCGGAAGUCGCGGCUUUGGGAAUCAUUCUCUCUUCCUGCAGGAUGGCAUCGUGCUCGGAGCGGAUACGAGAGCAACUGAGGGGAUGGUUGUUGCUGACAAGAACUGUUCCAAAAUACACUUCAUUUCCCCUAAUAUCUACUGCUGCGGUGCUGGAACAGCUGCAGACACUGAGAUGACAACUCAGCUGAUCUCCUCCAACCUGGAGCUCCACUCCCUGUCCACGGGACGGCUCCCACGAGUUGUCACGGCCAAUCGGAUGCUCAAGCAGAUGCUGUUCAGGUACCAGGGCUACAUCGGUGCCGCGCUGGUGCUGGGGGGAGUGGAUGUCACAGGCCCCCACCUGUACAGCAUCCACCCCCACGGAUCGACCGACAAGCUGCCCUACGUCACCAUGGGUUCUGGAUCGCUCGCAGCCAUGGCAGUGUUUGAAGAUAAAUACAAACCCGACAUGGAGGAGGAGGAGGCCAAGCAGCUCGUGCGAGAUGCCAUCGCAGCCGGCAUCUUCAACGACUUGGGCUCUGGCAGCAACAUCGACAUCUGUGUCAUCAGCAAGAACAAGCUGGAUUUCCUCCGUCCAUAUGAUGUGGCCAACAGGAAGGGGGACAGGUUUGGUAGGUACAAGUGUGAAAAAGGAACAACUGCUGUUCUCACAGAGAAUGUGGCACACCUGGAGCUCGAGGUGUUGGAUGAGACAGUGCAAACCAUGGACACAUCCUAAGCCCUGUGGGUGCUCAGACAGCAGCUGCUGCAGAAUAAAGAGGCUCUGCCCAAUCUCCUCU